AUGAGCUUUGCAAACAUUAACAAAGCAUCAUGGGCAGGAGACGAGGACGCAAAGGUGCAGGGAUUAAAUACUGCUUGGAAGUCCGUGUACAAGAGGAACCGUAGGGUACGGCAUAUGUCGCAAUCGGUAAUCGCAGGCCCUAAAGUAGGCCAAGGAAGGAAACCAAAUCGUAAGGGCAGUUUCAUAAGAGUCCAGGGUUCCAAAGGGGGCUCCGAGGGAGGUUCCGGAAGGGCAAUGACUCCAAGGUUGUGGGAUUAUCCGGGUGGGUAUAUGGCAAAGGGCUUUGGGAAUGACCGGGUGGAUGGUUUAGGCAAGGGUUGCUAG